AUGUUGGAACUUUAAAAGCUUCAAAAAACUUAGCAGGAUGUAAAAGUUAUAGACUUAAAUUUUAGCUAGAACAACUUAAAUGAGUAAUAGCUAAGCCUUUACAAAUAAUUGAUGAGGUCAAGAAGAAAUGUAUAAAGCAUCAAUCUUGAUUUGACAAAAAGUUCAGCAAGCAAGGAGCAUCUAAAUAGUUUAUUUAAAAGGAUUUCUAAAAUGCCUUGCCUUGAGCAUCUCUCAAUUACGUUAGGAUAAUCAAAAGCGUUUUAAAUGAAGGAAAUGUUUGAAUUUCUAUCAAAAUUAAAAAUACUAGUUUCGCUCAAAUUUAGUUGCAAUUUUUCAAACAAAAAAGAUGCUUUUGAUUUCAGCGAGUUUCUCUCAAAAAUGUAGAAUUUAAAAUCAUUAAAGCUAGAUAUUGUACUGCAAUAUUUUAAUGAUUUUGAAAAAAUUAAGCAAGAAAUAACUAAGAUGGAUAGGCUAGAAGAGCUCACGUUGAAGGUAAAUUAAAAUAGUUUAGUGUGUGGCACUUAGUACUUUUAAAACUGUAUUAAUGAAAAGAAUUGCUUAGAAUUUCUUUCAUUAAACUUAUCACUGGUUUAAUAUGAUUAAUCUAAAAUUUAAGAAGUAGUCAAGGAAAUAUAAAAAGCGAAGGGCUUGAAAGUUUUAAAAUUGACACUAAAAUUAAAUGAAUACUAACUGAAUUAUCUCCCAUUUUAUUAACUUUUGUUUCAAAUAUGGUCUUAAUUAAAAGAAAUAACUCACUUUUAUCUAUAUUGCGAUUUCUUGAGGACAGAGGAGUGUAAGUUUUUACUCAGCGAAUUAAGCAAGCUUGAUAGUUUAAAACUUGUUUACUUAAGUGGAUUAAACAUUUAAUUAGUAUCAUAAAUGUCUUCUUUUUUUUAAAGUUUAGAUAAUAAGUUUUAUUUGCAAUUAGAUCUAGCCAAAUUUAGAAGAAUUAUUACUAUUAAAAGUGAACAUUAUGGACUAUUUUCCUAAUCCUUGCUAUAAGUUAAAAACCUAUAAGCAAUAUAUUUACACUUAACUUAGGAAUACAAUUAAAAAAUUGAAAAUUUGCCAUAAGUUUUCGAUAGUUUAAAACAAUCAAAAAGUCUGAAAAGCAUAGUAAUUGAUUUUUCAACUUUGAUAAAAACUUAUAAGAACUGUAUAACAACAAAUUUGUUGAAGUUAAAGAAUUUAUAUCAUAUUAAUUUACUAAAAAAUUAAGAUUUGCUAAAUUAAAAUAAGAAAAAAAUCUAUAGAAAACUUCCAAGAUUAGUCAUGGUUUUAGCUAAUUGA